CUCAUUUGGUUAUACUAUAUGUAGUGUGUAGGCAUGGGGGGUUCUGACAUAAAAGCCACCAAAAUAACAAUAAGACUAGAUUUUGACCUGAUACAGAUGAAAGACUUCUAUUUUGAACAAAAUACAUAUUUGGCAAUACAAUAUUAGAUUUACAAGUGCUCAAGCAGGAUGUAAAAAUCUAAAAAUUCAAUAAACCUGGCUGACAUUAUUACACAAAUCAAUAUAAACUAUAAAGAGUAAAACACAUAUGUGAAUCAUCAGUACUUUAAUUCACCUGGGAAUAUAACUCUGUACACCUUUACUUACCUAGCUACUGGGCUAUCAUUUAGCUCGGAAAAUUCUCAUUAGAUACUGAUUUGAUUAUUUAUAGAGGAUGUUGUGUUGGUUAUUUUUCCUGAUGCAGGCAAAAGGUAGCAAUUAAGCUAACAACUAACGCUGCUAGACCUCCAUGUCCCCCAGCAUUCCCAGAUCUGCUCCAGUUCUUUAAAGAUGUACCAGAUCCACAGCUUCAACAACUGAUCAAUUCUGUAAAGCAACGAGCAAAGCACAAUUGCUCAUGUGAAGCAGCAUCAACUAAUAUAGGAAUAUUUAAUGACAACCGUUGCAACGUAUCAUUGAACAUCACCAAACCUGCUCAGUGUCUCCCUGGGUACAUACCUCCUGUGGUUACCACAGCAACCAGCAUUCCAACAACAGUUAUAACAGAAAAAAGUACCUCUGGAAAUAAGAUAGAGGAGACAAUACCAACAACAAAGGGGAAAGUGACAACAUAUAGCACGACAUCUGCCCCAUAUAACCAGACUGAUCUUCUUGCUCUUGUUGACAAAGAUGGUGUUAAUGUUGCUGUGAUUGUCAUAGUGACGAUACUCGCACUGCUGAUUUGUACAUUUAUCGUAGCGAUGGCUCUAUACAGAUAUUGUGUUGGUAAAUGGUGCUGUAGCUGCUGUGGUCUCUGUCCCCAGAAGCCCAAGAACCUAACAUUGGAGAAGAUUCCAGGGGUGUACUAUAUCAACCAUGCUGCCCUUGGAGACAUAAGUAAUGGAUCAUCCCCUCAGGCUCCCGAGGAAGGAUUUGAUGGAAUGGUUGUUUAUGCUAAUCCAUUCAUAACAAGCAAUGGUAAAUCUGGAUUUACAGUAACACCACAAACAGCUGAGGAUAAGAAAAAUCCCAUGUUCAAAGAAAACAAUCCAUCUCUCAAUGGAAGUGUAGCCCAUAAUAACAGCAGUAAGAAAUUUUCUUCAAAUGGAUUCACUCCACAUCGAAAAAUGAAAAACAAGAAAUUACAAAGGCCCAAGAGUGCACUAGAAACACUGAAUCCUGUUGAGAUGGGAUAUUAUGUCAGUGAAAACCCUAGUGCAAUUGAGCGGGAUAAACUGGGUAAUGAUUCCAAUGAUAACAUAUAUUCCAACCAGGCUGCGGUGCUAGAUAUAACUCAGAAUGCUCAGUUCUCAACAGUGGAACGUCAAAACCGACAAAACGUCCAUACAGAACAAAACAUUAAAACCAUGGAUGAUCCAGAUCAAUGGGUGCCCACUAAGAAGAAAAAGAAGGAGAAAAAGAGUAAAAAGGAAAAUCUUGAUGACUUUUGUUAUUCUAACGAUUGGGCAAUGGAGAAUGAAAUAAGUGAAGUGAGCAAGCCAGAGGCAGCAAACCAAACCUACAUUUAGUUCAGACCUUCAAGCAUAGUUAUGUGAUUGACUAAGUGUUGAGAGGGGACUUCAUUUAAUGUGCCUGGUCUGUGUUUUUAUUGUUAAAACAAGAAUAUAUGAUCAAAAGUAUUAAAAUAAGAAUAUAGCUUGAAUUAAAUCCAGAUUAAUGACUCUGGGUUCAAUUAUAUUAUGGAACUACCACUUGAAACUAAUAUGCAGAAUUAUUCAGAAUUCCUGACUGCCACAAACAGUUGAUUGUUUUAUAUUAUUGAAAGGAUUACAUUACAAAUGUGCAUAUCUGUUUCUAGUUUUGCAUCUACCAUAUGUACAUUUGUAUUGGAAAGGAAAGAUAUAAUAGUGGAGCAGAAGCAUCUGAUGCAAGUCUA